AUGACCUGCUCCGAGAAGUUCCUGUAUUGGUGCUUACAGAGCACUGUGGGCUUCGACUCCAACGACAACGCGGCGCCCGCGAGCUCUCCGAAGGACAUCCUCGUUGCCGAGUGCCCCGAAUGCAAUGGCGCCGCCAACACGGAAACUUGCCCAACGAAGGUGGUUCGCUUGUACGAUGCUGCUCCAGAGGCGGAGCCGACCUCGGAGCUCGACAAGACGUCCGUUGCGGUGUCAGUGCCGCUCGGAUUGGUGUUCGCUCUCACCGCUAUGGGUGGGGUCAUCGGCGUCUCCCGACGCCGCGCGUCCAACCAGCCAGUGCUCGUGGAGGACGAGCAAGAUCUGCUGCGCGAGUGA